AUGGCACCCAAGGCGAUUAUAGCACCUUCGAUUCUCGCGGCCGACUUCGCCGACCUCGGCGCAGCAUGCUCACGCACAAUCUCACAAGGAGCUGACUGGCUUCACGUUGACAUCAUGGAUGGUCAUUUCGUUCCCAACAUCACAUUCGGACCGCCAGUCGUUGCCAAGAUUCGAGGCCACGUCGACAAGCCUACCGAGAACCAUGGCAAGGGCACAUUCGACUGCCAUAUGAUGAUUUCAGAGCCCAAGAAAUGGGUUAAGGAGUUUAAGAAUGCUGGCUGCGACCUGUACUGUUUUCACUACGAGGCCGCCUUCUCAUCCAACGCUGAGAGGCCUGAGGAUAAGACAGACGAAAAGACGAACCCCAAGGCGCUGAUUCGCUACAUCCAUGAGCAAGGGCUGCUGGCCGGCAUCGCACUAAAGCCCGCGACGCAAGUUGAUGUGCUCUGGGACAUUCUUGAGAGCGAGGAUCCCCUUGAGAGACCUGACAUGGUUCUCAUUAUGACGGUCGAACCCGGCUUCGGUGGGCAAAAGUUCAUGGCCUCGGAGCUGCCCAAGGUCCAGGCCCUUCGCGAGAAGUACCCUGAGCUCAACAUCGAGGUUGACGGAGGCUUGGGGGCUGGGACCAUUGAUCAGGCGGCCGAUGCAGGAGCAAAUGUUAUUGUGGCCGGAAGUGCCGUCUUUGGCGCGAAGGAUCCUUCUGAGGUGAUCUCAGUGCUAAGACAGGCGGUGGAGAAGAGGAACGGCAAGCUCUAA